AAAGCCUUGUAUGCCCUCCUGCUUGGAAGCACACGCUUUCCGACAUACGGCUGCAAUAGCAACAUAUCACCAGCCUCUUCUUGGCAGAUCACCUCCUGGAUCAUCAAGACCUGACCUAGGCAUAAUGGCGGCCACCACCGUUGCUGCCAUGCCGGCCAUCGUCGGGCUUCAGACGACUCUCACUGUGGAUGAUAUGAACAGGUCCAACACCAUCUACAAUGGACUCCCUCGCAUCAAUCCCAAGAUGAGCGUCAAUGAGGACCAUGUCAAGAAUCUCGAGGCUAUAAUCGCCCAACGAAACCUUCGUGAGAAGCUCGGCAUUCAUUUGCUUCACAAACACGACGACCUUCCAAAGGGGCAGAUCAAACUCGAAACCAAGAUGCAAACCAUCGCCGGUAAGUGGGGUAGACCUGCCUCAAUCGGCUCCCUGGAUCUCGGCAAAAUCCAUGGAGUCGUCUUCAAAUUCGUCCCCGAGGAGAAUAUUCUCAUCCCGUAUGAGUUCGCCAUGGGUCCAUCGCCUGUUGCUAGGAGCAACAUGGUCGAGAGCUGCAUCAAAGUCAUCCUCGGUUAUGUCGCCGGGAAUGACCUGGCCAAUGUGAUUGCGCUCGAGCUGUUGGAGCCAGUCAACGAUAGUCAGCCCAUGGGGCCCGCCGCCGAAAUCGAAGUCGGCGAACACGGAACGAUUGUACUGCCAAAGGCUAUGGUGGAUGCCGUGGAGUUCAUCCCAACUGGUUGGCCUGAUGUCACGCUGAAUUACGACCCCGAUUCAAAAUCUCGCCCGCAAACCGAAUGGGCUCGGCUACGCCCGGAGGAUAAUCACAAGGUUUAUACCCGCCAAGUUGAGAAUGAAAAGCAGCUGCUGGAUGAGUUAGCGCUCCAGGGCAUCCUCAUCAAAGACUGAGACAUUUCUCAACACACUAAGGUGAAAGCGGCGGGAGGCAGGUGCCGCAAGGGAUCACAUUCACCACACUCAUUUAGAUCUUUAUCAUCUUUUCCUAUCAACCUUUUCUAUCUCGAUAGCUUUUCAAAUAUCCACAAUGCUACCAUCAGACAAACACACGUGCUCUGUAUUGGUAUGGCUGUUGAUAUACUUGGCAGUUAAUACCAGGAUGUGAUUUAUAGCAAGCACAGUGCCUCGGCAUGUAUGGUUGCCUUGUGCUUUUCUGCAAGUUCACGGGCCCAAAAGAAUUCAAAUAGUCUUGCGACUUCAAUUCAACGCUGAUCCCCUUCU